GGGAAGGGCGGCACGAGAGGAGAGAGGGCUAUAAAGGUGUUCGCCCUGGAAGCCUCGGCUCGAGUUUGCCCCCUCGGACGUCGAUCGUGCCGGUGCCGGUGGUGGUGCGCUCCUUCGACACGACGGGGAUCCGGAGGCGCGACGGAGAAGAUCGAGGGCGCGUGUCGUGUGAAUGCGGCACCCACGGCCACGCGCGGGUCCAUCACAACGAUGAAAAUGUCAGCGGUGGAGGUUUCCAGGGUGCUGAAGGAAGGGCAGCUGGAGAAGAGGAGCGACAACCUCUUCCAGCUGUGGAGGAGGAAGGUGUGCGUGCUCACCACGGACAGCCUCAACAUCUACGACGACGCGCACAAGCGCUCCAAGGGCAAGGAGCUCAAGCUGCAGAGCAUCAAGAAGCUCGACUGCGUGGAGCGCACCGGCAAGUUCGUCUACUUCACGAUCGUCACCACGGACGACAAGGAGAUGGACUUCAGGUGCCCCGCGGACGACAGCUGCUGGAACGCCGUCAUCACCAUGGCGCUCAUCGACUUCCAGAACAGGAGAGCCAUGCGCGACCUGAGGACGCUGCAGGGGGGCGACGUGGGCGACGUGGGGGACGCGGCCAAAGCGGCGGGGGACUGAGGAGGAGGAGGAGGAGGAGGAGGAAGAGGAGCGCAGCGCCCGCACGACGUUUAAGGCAGAUCCAGGAUGGAAGGCCAGACUGUGUGAAGAUGCCAACAGGUGUGGAGGACUUUCAGGAGCACUUUGUUCUUGCGGAGCUGAAGCGAGGAAGGUCCCAUCCCGGAGCCGAAAAAAGACUGAAAGUCCACUUUUUCAUUUGGAAACCCUCCAGCAAUGGCCAAUAUUAUUUAUUUCCUGCUAACAAACUUGUUGAUGGAUUGUUUAACUUAUUAUGUAUUUCACUGUGUAUUUAUUUAAAUAAACGGUCCUCUAAAA